GAUGGGCACUACCUGUUAAUGGGCCAACCACUAUUGCUCGCUUUGCGGCAACUGAUCCUCAAGCUGCGCCAUCAUUGGCACAUCUACGCCAAUUAGCCAGCGCGCUCACAAAAGCUGAAGGCUAGGUAGUGGGGCGUUCGGAGAUCUUGGCAGUAAUUGACAAGGCCGACUCCGCUGCUCGGUCUCUCGCUUUCCCGCGAACUUAGAAAUCAGGUGGUUCAAGAAAGUACCUUAUAGUGCGGCUUCCGUGAAUUGUGCCUUCUUUUUAACUCUGACCACUGCCAAAAUGUCUUUGAAGGCUGUGUAUGGCUCUGCAAGCUACCUCCGCAUUGGGUGGUUACUUGCUAAUGUGGUUUCCACGGCUAUCUACCGACUCACAACAUACCCGUUUCGGAAAGUUCGAGCAUCGACACUAGGCCAGGAUGUUCGCGGCGCUGCAGUACGCUGUGUGAUGGGUUGUAUUUCCAUUGCGGAUGCCCGAUUCCUGAUCGGCACAACCAGCGACGAAUAUGUCAAACGAUACUGCAAGCCUCAAGGCCUAGCGCCUAAAACACUUCACCUCGACACCGAGAAUGGAAGAGCUGUUGCGCAUUGGAUAGGAGAGCCCGACGCAGACACUGUCAUUCUUUACUGCCAUGGUGGUGCAUAUGUUUUGCCGGCGAAUCAGGGCAAUUUCCAACAUCUCGACGGAUUGGUUUCAUAUUUGAACAGCGCUAGAAACAAUGUCUCAGUCUUGGUGCUUGCUUACACGUUGGCUCCUGAAGCUACGUACCCCACGCAACUGAGAGAAGCAGCUAUAGUUCUCGCACACCUCGUUCACGAAAGCGGCCGCUCUCCAUCGAGUAUAUUCCUUGCUGGUGACUCCGCAGGCGGCAACCUGGCACUCUCUCUGCUUUCGCAUAUACUACAUCCUCAUCCAGAUGUCUUUGCAUUGGAGCUCAAGAGUCCUCUGGGCGGGGCUCUUCUCCUCAGUCCGUGGGUCAGCUUCAGCACAGACUAUCCCAGUUACAAGACACACGGGCCUCGAGACAUUCUCAAUCCCGCCGCACUGCGCAAAUGGAGUGCUAUAUUUCUGGAUAAAGCGGACACCUCCAAUCCUGAAGCUGAUCCAGGACUAGCCUCCAGAGGAGACGCCUAUACCGAGGCUUGCCUCAACCCUGCGUCAUGGUGGAACAGCAUGGACCAGGUCGUCAGUGAUGUUUUUGUGUGGAGCGGCGGCUACGAGGUUUUCGUUGAUUCGAUACGUGAGCUGGAGACGACCUUCAAGGCAGGCUGGGCACAUGGGGGUGGCGAUAUCAGUCGGGUCAUAUUUGUCGAGUCAGCCGAGCACCAACACGUGGCGCCAGUGUUCGACACUGCGGUCGCUGGGGCAAAGAAAGACGAUGCACAAGUUGCAAUUGAAGAGUGGUUCAAGGGCCGAUUGCAGCGAUGAGAUCAGCACGGCACAAGGGUGGCAAGCUUUCCGCUGCUAAGCUUGGCGCCAGAUCGCUCGCUUGUUUCUCACGGUCCACGGCAUAUACGAUACGGAUAGUUACACAAUACAAAAUCUGGGUUUGCAUGGACAUUCUACCUUUUAGGACUUCAAAGCUUCCCCGAACGCCAAGAGCUCAUCUUUGAAAGACAUGGCUAAUGGCAGUUCAUCAAAAAGCGCGAUAUUGCGCAAGAAUCCCGCUGGCGGCGGGCAAUUCGGAGUUUUCUGGCAGUUACCGGUACACCAUCUUGUCAGUGUGCGGCAACGUCACCGCUCUUUGACUCGGGCGCCUUUGAAGUGACCACAUCAUUGACUCUCGCUCUCAUAAUCCC